GCACUGCACUUCAACUAACAGCAUUUGCAAGACAUAUAUACACUGACAUUGGCAUGAAAUAUUUAAAACCUUUUAGCCUGCGAAGAUCCUGUUGUUAAAGGCGUUUAUUGAAAGAGAAAGAUCUGUUGUAGAGUAAACUCGGACACAGAGUUCCAAUCUGGUUUUAAGUAUGUCCUGUGCAUGCGGGCCUACAGCGAGAGUGAUUAUAAAGUCAGUUCAUAAAGGUUUCUGUCGUUCUCGGGUUCAGUUCUUUGCUCACAGUAGACCAGUGUGUAAUGAAGUUCAUCUGCCUCCAUUCAUACGUGUGAAAUCAUUUUCACAGACAACUGUGUGUUUUGCCUCUAAAGACAGCACGCCCAGAGACGGAGAUGGAGGAAAGGCGAGUGUAAGUGAUGCCAGUGGAAAGCGGGCGUCUGGUGCAGCAGGUUCAGGUAAAGGUGGCAGUCAGCUGAGAUGCCCGAAAUGUGGCAACCCCUGCACACAUGUGGAGACUUUUGUAACCUCCACGCGGUUUGUGAAAUGUGAAAAGUGCCAUCAUUUCUUUGUGGUUCUGUCUGAGGCAGACUCUAAGAAGGGUUUGAAUAAGGAGGCUGAAGCCGCCUCAGAGAAUGCUAAAAUAUCGUUUGCUCAAAAAACCCCUCCACCUCCUAAAAAGAUUUACGCCUACCUCGACAAAUAUGUGGUCGGCCAGUCCUAUGCCAAGAAGGUGUUGGCAGUUGCCGUUUAUAAUCAUUAUAAGAGGAUCUACAACAACCUUCCAGCGGCGGGCCGACAGCAAAUGGAAGCUGAGAAACAGAGUUCACUCACUCCAAGAGAACUUGAGAUCAGAAGACGUGAAGAUGAAUACAGGUUUACAAAGCUGCUUCAGAUCGCCGGGAUCAGUCCCCAUGGUAACGCUUUGGGCGCAUCUGUUCAGCAGCAGACCAAUCAGCAAGCUCCUCAAGAGAAAAGGGGCGGGGAAGUGCUUGACUCCACCCACACUGAUAUUAAACUGGAGAAGAGCAACAUUGUGCUCCUGGGACCUACUGGAUCAGGUAAAACCCUGUUGGCACAGACCCUUGCUAAAUGUUUGGAUGUGCCCUUCGCUAUCUGUGAUUGUACCACCCUGACCCAGGCCGGCUAUGUAGGCGAGGACAUCGAAUCCGUUAUUGCCAAACUUCUGCAGGAUGCCAACUACUCAGUGGAGAAAGCCCAGCAAGGUAUAGUAUUCUUGGAUGAGGUGGAUAAAAUCGGCAGUGUGCCUGGCAUUCAUCAGCUCAGAGAUGUUGGGGGUGAAGGAGUUCAGCAGGGUUUGCUGAAACUCCUUGAGGGAACAAUUAUUAAUGUUCCAGAGAAGAACAGCAGGAAGUUGAGAGGAGAGACUGUGCAGGUGGACACAACCAACAUCCUGUUUGUGGCAUCAGGUGCCUUCAAUGGGCUGGACAGGAUUAUCAGCUGCAGGAAAAAUGAGAAGUAUCUUGGUUUUGGGACACCCUCAAACCUGGGCAAAGGACGUCGAGCUGCAGCAGCUGCAGAUUUGGCCAACACUUCAGGCAAUGAUGUGGACGCAAUGGCAGAGAUUGAGGAGAAGGACCGGCUCCUGAGGAAUGUUGAGGUGCGAGACCUCAUUGAGUUUGGCAUGAUCCCGGAGUUUGUUGGCCGUCUUCCUGUGGUGGUGCCACUGCACAGUCUGGACGAGCAGAUGCUGGUGCAGAUUCUAACAGAGCCUCGUAACGCUGUGGUUCCUCAGUAUCAGGCUCUCUUCAGUAUGGAUAAAUGUGAGCUGAAUGUAACUCCAGAUGCUUUGAAGGCAAUCGCUCGUCUGGCUCUGGAACGGAAAACAGGUGCCAGAGGCCUUCGCUCCAUCAUGGAGAAGCUCUUGCUGGAGCCAAUGUUUGAGGUGCCUCACUCUGACAUCAUGGCUGUGGAAUUGACUAAGGAGGUUGUCCAGGGCAAGUGUGAACCACGCUACAUUAGAGCUCCCCCAAAAGAAACUGAGGAAGAGUUUGACUCUGGCAUUGAGGAAGAAAACUGGCCCAGACACGCCGACGCUGCUAAUAACUGAAUGUGAAGCUGUCCAUUGAAGAUUGUUAUUAAUCCAGGCAGUAAACUUCACAAACGUCAUCAUCAUAAAGUCCUUUUAGCUUUUAUACAUUUAUCACCAUGUGCUGGUUUAUUUAAUAACCAGAAGAGAAAAGAUAUGAAAAAGUAUUAUUCAAAAAACAGAAACAAAGUGAAGCUCUUGCUAAUUUCAAUCUAUGAGGAUUGCAAACAUUUCUAUCUGUCUGAAGAUAAUUACUUGGAAAGACUUUAGUGGAUGACUUUUUUCUUUCGGUGUAUGUGGGACAUUAUAAGGGAAGCGUACUGAUAAUGUGAAUCUGAGAAUGUUUCAGCAGGCUGAUAUCACAUGUGUGGUAUUUUCGUUAGCCUCUCUUUUAACCAUGAUGUGAACUUCUAAAACACAAACUCAGUGUACAGUGUUAAACAGAUCUAGUUUUAGACUGUAUCUUUUCUGGGACUCUCUGUAAAUUAAAAACUGAACAAAAUCAGUGGGAUAAUUUCACUUUUCUACACUGUCUGUCAAUGGAAGUCAUUUUUGUUAUCCCGAGUCGUGUUGCUAUAGUAACUGUGUGCUGUAUAUUUGUGUAAUCUUUCUUUUGUUUGCCCAGCAUAGACAGGAUGUAGAAUAUAUUUUUGAGUAAUGAAAAUAGCUGUCCUAAAGAUCUAUGAAUUGAAAUCAAUAGAAUCUGUGUGGGUCUGUUGUUCAUACAUGUGGGACAUCCCGUUUCUAGUCUCCUGGGUGGUAGCAUAGAGCAACACCUUCAGUUUAUAUGCAGUGGGGUCCAAACUACUGUCUAAAUCCAAAUAAAAUAUAAAGAAACUAAGUUUUAGGAUUUGUAAAAAUGCAUAGCAAAGAAAUUAAAUGUGAUGUGAAAUGAUUAAGACAUUUUUAUGGUUCUGCACUAUUUGUAGGUCACUAAUCAAAUUCAACUUUUCACUCAAAUUGUCACGCUGAUAAUAUUGUUUUAACUAUUCUAAUAAUUAUGCAUUAUACAUAUUUAGGGUGUUUACUGGUAUAAUAUACUUAAUCCAAAAAUGAUCUUAAUAUCCCCCCUACUUUUUCUUUGCACCAUUUAUUUAAUUACCGUUAGUGAAAAAACAUCAACGCAAUACCUGUUUAGAAUCUCAGAUAAUUCAUAGAUUGUUACUGUUUGAAUGUAUAAAUAAAUUGUGUAUAUUUGUAACAUGAGUUUGAGAAUUGAACAUUGUUUUUGAAAUGCC